CCCACCCUAGAUUCUGACGCCCUAGGCAACCGGCCCGCCCCCUGCGUUUCCAGGGACGCGCUCUUCCAACUUCCGGCCGCGAGAGGCUUGCCCAGGACCCUGACUCCGGAAUCCGGCUCAGCGCGACGCCCCCUGAGCCGGGCUCGGAGCCGCGAGCGCCGGAGAUGAGCACCAGCGACUCUUCCCUUAUGGCUGGGAUCGUUUACUACAGCCAGGAACGGUAUUUCCACCACGUGCAGCAGGCUGCGGCCUUGGGCCUGGACAAAUUCAGCAAUGACCCCGUACUGCAGUUCUUCAAAACCUAUGGGAUCCUCAGAGAAGAGCGCAUCCAGGAUGCCAUCAGCAACCUGGAGAGCAUCCGGAACCACCCAGACGUGUCCCUCUGCUCCAUCAUGGCCCUCAUUUAUGCUCACAAGUGCUGUGCAGCUGUCGACCGAGAAGCCGUUCAGGAGCUCGAGAACAGCCUGAAGGAAAUCCGCAAGACAGCCGGCGGAACUGCCCUGUACUAUGCCGGCCUCUUCCUCUGGCUCGUGGGCCACCGUGACAAGGCCAAGGAGUACAUCAACCGCACGCUGAAAGUUUCCAGCAGCCCCAGAGAGGGUUAUGUGCUCAGAGGCUGGGUGGACCUCACCUCAGACAAGCCCCACAUCGUGAAGAAAUCCAUCAAGUACCUGGAACAAGGAAUGCAGGACGCCAAAGAUGUGCUGGGGCUGAUGGGAAAGGCGACAUACUUCAUGCUGCAGCAGAACUACUCGGAGGCCCUGGAGGUGGUGAACCAGAUCACCGGCACCUCGGGGAGCUUCCUGCCCGCCCUCAUCCUAAAGAUGCGGCUGUUCUUGGCUCGGCAGGACUGGGAGCAGGCGGUAGAAACAGGACACAGAAUCCUAGAAAAAGAUGAAAGCAAUAUUGACGCCUGCCAAAUCCUAGCUGUGCAUGAACUUGCAAGAGAAGGAAACAUAACCAUAGCUGCCAAUCAUGUUAGAAACCUGAUUAAGGCACUGGAGACAAGAGAGCCCCAAAAUCCAAACCUCCAUUUUAAAAAAAUCCUUGUGGUUAGCAGGCUGUGUGGAAGGCACCAGGUGAUUCUGCAGCUGGUGUGUGGCUUCAUUGAGCGCACAUUCGUGGCCACAGCUGCCUAUGCCCACAUGGCCACAGAGCUGGGCUAUCUCUUCACCCUACAGGACCAAGUGAAGGAGGCAUCUCUGUGGUACUCGGAGGCCAUGAAAUUGGAUGAGAGCAGUGUGGCUGCCUUGACAGGGAUCAUCUGGUGUCAGAUCUUGGACGGCCACCUGGAGGAGGCUGAACAGCAGUUGGAAUUUAUGAAGGAGGUGCAGCAGUGUCUCGGGAAGUCUGAGGUGCUGGUUUUCCUCCAGGCCCUUCUGGCGUCCAGGAAGCACAAGGGGGAGCAGGAGGCCACCGGGCUCCUGAAGGAGGCUGCGGGGCUGCACUUCACCGGCAUGCAGGGCCUCCCCCUGGGCUCCGAGUACUUUGAAAAGCUGGACCCCCUCUUCCUGGUCUGCAUCGCCAGGGAGUACUUGUUCUUCUGCCCCAAGCAGCCCCGGUCGCCGGGCCAGAUCGUGUCUCCACUUCUCAAACAAGUCGCUGUGAUCCUGAAUCCUGUCGUCAAAGCGGCGCCAGCUCUGAUCGACCCCCUGUAUGUGAUGGCCCAGGUCAAGUACCUCUCAGGAGAGUUAGAGAAUGCCCAGAGCACCCUGCAGCGUUGCCUGGAGCUGGACCCCACCUCCGUGGACGCCCACCUCCUCAUGUCCCACAUCUACCUGGCGCAGGGCAAUUUUGCCAUGUGCUCCCACUGCUUAGAGCUGGGCGUCAGUCACAACUUCCAGGUCCGAGACCACCCCCUCUACCACUUGGUCAAGGCCAGGGCCCUCAACAAGUGUGGGGACUAUCCAGAAGCCAUAAGGACGCUGAAAAUGAUCAUAAAAUUACCAACUCGGAAGACAGAAGAAGGCAAGAAAUUCCACGGGCCCUCCAUGCAGCCCAGUGAGCGGGCGUCCCUCUUACUGGAACUGGCAGACGCCCUCCGCAUGAAUGGGGAGCUGCAUGAGGCCACCAAGGUCAUGCAGGACGCCAUCAACGAGUUCAGUGGCACACCGGAGGAGAUCCGCAUCGCCAUUGCCAACGUGGACCUGGCCCUGAGCAGUGGGAACGUGGACGUGGCCCUGAGCAUGCUGAGGAACAUCACACCCAAGCAGCCCUUCUACGUGGAAGCCAAGGAGAAGAUGGCCAACAUCUACCUGCAGACCCGCAAAGACAUCCGCCUCUACAUCGGCUGCUACAGGGAACUCUGUGAACAACUGCCUGGCCCCCACACCAGCCUGCUACUGGGGGAUGCUUUCAUGAACAUUCAGGAGCCUGAGAAGGCCCUGGAGGCUUAUGACGAGGCCUAUAGAAAGAACCCACAUGAUGCAUCGCUGGUCAGCAGGAUCGGGCAAGCCUAUGUGAAGACCCACCAGUACACCAAGGCAAUUAAUUAUUAUGAGGCUGCGCAGAAGGUCAAUGGACAGGACUUUUUGUGCUGUGAUCUCGCUGAACUCCUCCUGAAGUUAAAGAAGUUCAACAAAGCAGAAAAAGUUUUGAAACAGUCACUGGAACAUGACUUUGCCAAAGACCUCCCAUCCAUGAUGAACAAUGUCAAGUGCUUGCUUUUGCUGGCAAAGGUUUACAAGAGUCAUAAAAAAGAAGACGUGAUGGGAACUUUGAACAAGGCCAUGGACCUCCAGUCUCAGAUCCUGAAGCGUGUUGCACUGGAGCAACCAGACAUGAUCCCCUCCCAGAAACAACUCGCAGCCUCCAUCUGUGUCCAGUUUGGGGAGCACCACCUGGCAGAGAAGGAGUUUGCCAAGGCAGUACGGUCUUACAAGGAUGCCCUCUUCUACUCGCCUGAUGACAAUAAGGUGUUGCUGGAGCUGGCCCGCCUCUACCUGCUGCAGGGCCACCUGGACUUGUGUGAGCAGCACUGUGCCGAUCUCCUGCAGAUGGAGAAGAGCCACGAGAUGGCCUCAGUGAUGAUGGCUGACCUGAUGUUUCGAAAACAGAAAUACGAAGCUGCCGUCAAUCUCUACCACCAAGUCCUGGAGAAAGCACCAGACAACUUUCUGGCAUGGAAUAAACUAAUUGACCUGCUAUGGAGAAGCGGCAGACUUGAGGAUGCCCCUGUCUUCUUUGAAUUGGUCAAGAGGAUGUCCAGCCGUGUUCCUUUGGACCCAGGUUUCAACUACUGCAGAGGCAUCUACUGCUGGCGCAUAGGGCAGCCCAACAAAGCACUGAAGUUCCUAAACAAGGCGCGCAAGGACAGCACUUGGGGCCAGAGUGCCACCUACUACAUGGUGCAGAUCUGCCUGAACCCGGACAACGAGGUCGUGGGCGGAGAGGUUUUCAAGAACCUGGUGGCGGAGAGCAACUCCACCGACAGGAAGGCCCUCGAGCAGCACGCCGUGCGCACCGCCGAGAAGCUGCUGCGCGAUUUCUACCCGCGCUCAGACUGGGGCCAGACCCAGCUGCGGCUGCUGCAGAGCCUCUGCCUGCUGGCCACCAGGGACAAGGCCAACGUGGAGGCGGCGCUGGGCACCUUCAUCGCGAUGGCACAGGCCGAGAAGGACAGCGUCCCCGCCCUGCUGGCCACGGCGCAGGCCCACGCGCUGCUGAAGCAGGUCCCCAAGGCACGCACGCAGCUGAAGCGUCUGGCCAAGGCCCCGUGGACGCCGGACGAGGCCGAGGACCUGGAGAAGAGCUGGCUCCUACUGGCUGACGUUUACUGCCAGGGCGGCAAGUUCGACCUGGCCUCGGAGCUGCUGCGGCGCUGCGUGCAAUACAACAAGUCCUGCUUCAGGGCCUAUGAGUACAUGGGCUUCAUCAUGGAGAAGGAGCAGGCCUACAAAGACGCAGCCGCCAACUACGAGCUGGCCUGGAAGUACAGUCAUCACGCCAGCCCGGCCGUGGGCUUCAAACUCGCUUUCAACUACUUGAAGGAUAAGAGAUUUGUGGAGGCCAUUGAAGUCUGUCACACGGUCCUCGGAGAGCAUCCUAACUACCCCCAAAUCAGAGAAGAAAUUUUGGAAAAGGCCCAAGGGUCUCUGAGGCCCUAGCUGUGGUCAGUGGGAGCCAGGGCGGGGAGAAGCCAUUAACCUACAGACAUUUCACUUCUACAGAAGUAGAGAUCAGAAGUGGGUCGGUGAGAGGAGAUUCGAAAAUGACGUAUUCUUCUCGUGUCUGUAUGGUGUGUGGUUUCUUUGGAUGGUGCCUCGUCUGAUCUAAGGGGCAUCCCAAAGCUUUGUGUUUUUCAGGCACAAGAAGCAGUUUUGCUCAGAGGAAAAAAGGGCAUCAACCAAGCUAGUUUAUGCCAGGCUCAUUGGGCACCUUCUGUUGGGCUCCGUUUUUAUUCCAGACUCUGUGAGGGAGCAAAGAGGUGAUUUUUUUAAAAUCCCCACAGCGAUUUUAAUAUGGUUAGGUCAGUGCCUCCCCUCUCCCGUCUGGUCCCCAGAGCCCCCAAGCUCAAGAAGUGACUGCUCGCCCCUGUCCUGCUGCCCGCACACCCUUCCCGGCAGUGGCACAGAUAGGAGAGCCAGCUCAGAAGGCCCCGUAGCUGAGGUUCUGUGCGAGGGACGCCAUUGUCCUGCAGGUUCUGAGGCUCAUUGGCUCACUCUGUCCAUUCAUUCUGAUUCCUCAUCAAGUCCUUGGCUGGCCUCGGCUGGUCCUCUCUGGUUUGGGACAAACGUGAUUCCCCAUGCCUGGUACGGGGAAAUACAACCCAGGAAAAAAUAGUUCUCACUUAAGAUUUUGUAAAAGACACUGACCAACAAACUUAAUCCUCCAGAAACCCAUUCGCCACCUCUGGGGACAAAAGCAGUGUCUCUAGUUAGAUGACUUGUAUUACUUGUACCUGGCAAGAGGGUGACAGCGGUCACUUUUGGCUGGAGCUCCCAACACCUCUCUUCUGUGUUUCAUGACGGCAAGAAUGGGCCAAUCAGGCCUCAGGGGAAGGACCUCUGAACUGGAAGCCCGGAGCGUGACCUUCCCAAGAGUUUCUACUCUUUGGGCCUCCGUGUUCCCCUCCGUGGCAGGAAAUUAGACUAGAUCUGUGUUCCCAAACCAUGAUACAAAUCCCUGCCAGUGAUAUACAGCAGACAGCUGAAGUUGAAUAA